AUGGCUGCAGCACACGGAGACCUACGGCACCUGCUGCCGGGCAAUUACAAGCGCCUCAUCUCAGAAUGGCUCGAGGAGGACUGUCCUAGUCUGGACUAUGGCGGCUUUGUCGUCGGCGAGACGGAGGGCGAGGCCCGGUUAUUAGGCAAGAGCAAUGGUGUUGUGGCUGGUGUCCCAUUCUUCGAUGAAGUCUUCUCCCAGCUUGGGUGCACCACCGAAUGGCAUGUCAAGGAAGGCGACAUCCUCUCCCCUGUCCAACACUGCGCCACCGUUCGCGGACCCAUCCGUAAGAUCCUCCUCGGCGAGCGCGUCGCCUUGAACAUCCUCGCCCGUUGCUCUGGCAUCGCCUCCAAGUCCGCCUCCAUGCUCGCUGCCCUGCGCAAGCAAGGCUGGCAGGGUAUUCUCGCCGGAACACGCAAAACAACUCCUGGAUUCCGUAUCGUCGAGAAAUACGGUAUCCUGGUCGGUGGAGCUGAUCCCCACCGCCACGAUUUAAGUUCGAUGACUAUGCUCAAGGAUAACCAUGUUUGGGCCUGUGCGAAUAACCGUGCCGCGGCGGAUGGAGGUGUUGGAAAUCCCAGUAAUAUUGAGUCUAUUGCGGCUGCUAUUCCGAGGGCGGUGUUGGCUGCCAAGGCCACGGGUGGGUUCUCAACUAAGGUUGAGGUCGAGUGCCGGAGUGUCGAGGAGGCGAAUGCGGCUAUCGGGGCUGGCGCGGAUGUAAUCAUGUUGGAUAACUUCACGGCGGAGGGUGUGCGUGAGGCUGCGAGACAGCUGAAACAGGAAUGGGCGGGUAAAGGGAAGGCAUUCCUGAUUGAGGUCAGUGGUGGGUUGACCGAAGAGAACGCGCCGGCUUAUACGUGCCCCGACGUGGAUAUCUUGUCCACCAGUUCGAUUCACCAGGGAACGGGCAUCGUGGACUUUUCGCUGAAGGUCUCGUUGCGGUAG